ACUGGGCUUCUAUGCGGCCGACGGAUCUUCUGCGCUUCCUCUUCUCUCGACCUUCCAAGCCCCGAUAGCACCCCUUCAACGAGCCAUCUACCGAUAAACACGUCUUCCAAAUAACCUUGACUGCCACAAUUCAGUCACAAGAGUUCUACCACUUCAUCCGCUCCCGACCCCCCUAACGUCCCCGAGGCGUUACCCCCGAUCGAUCGAUUGCUGCUGGCUCCGCCAGCAUCUGAACAAGUCCCCGUACCUGUGGGCCUACUCUCUCAAACAGACGCCGCAUAGUCUGUUUGAGCGGCAGCUAGUGCUCCGCGGACUCUGCCACCGGGCAAAGAACACUGACAAACCGCCGCCAUGACCUCCGUCCCCUACAACUGCACCUUUUCGCCUGCUUCGGCUACACCUCAUCUCACAAUCAACCAUGAUGUAGCUGCCGACCUCGACUCGACCAACGCUUUUGAAGGUCCCGAGAAGCUUCUCGAGGUUUGGUUCGCUCCUAGCCCGACGACUCUACCUCCUACUGCUCCUGUCAAUGGUCUGAAGGCUGUUCCAGCUGAUACUUGGGUUCCCAUGCUUGAUAUGGUCAAUUGCAAGGUCUUGUCUGUUCUUGAGAGUGAAAUGAUGGACGCUUAUCUUCUCUCCGAGUCGAGCAUGUUUGUCUUUCCUCACAAGAUCAUUCUCAAGACUUGCGGAACCACUACUCUUCUUCUCGGCCUUCAACGAAUGCUUCACAUCGCUGCUCAACAUGGAUUCCCUUUCCAUAAUGCCAAUUCGGCCGACGACAUUCAAGCAGCAGCGACUCCGUACCGAGUAUUCUACAGUCGCAAAAACUUUUUGUUUCCUGAGAAACAACAAGGACCCCACCGCAGCUGGAAACAAGAGGUCGAAGGCACCAAGAUCCCCGUCGGAACAUCCUUCAAUGGAGUUCCAGGCAGUUAUCACGACGAGACGCUCGAAAUCCUCAUGACGGAUCUUGAUCCUGAAAACGCCAAGCAGUUUUAUCUGUCGCACGCGAGUGCGGUCGCCAGCGACAAGAUGGCUGCAGAGGCAAAUGAUGCACGCAAGGAAGCCAUCAACAGCCUUGGAGGGCUUGCCGAGACUGUUGACGAGGUUGAUGUUUUCGCGAAUGAAGACGACACCAUGCUCGAUUCAAUUGAAGCUCUGACCACUGAGGGUCACGCAUUGGGAACUGUCGUCUCGGAGAGUUGCGGCCUCUCCAGCGUUUACCCAACCAGCAAGUAUCCCGAUGCACGAGUCGACGCAUACCUCUUCAGCCCCUGCGGUUUUUCGGCUAAUGGAGUCGUCCCUCCUGAGGCUGGAAAGGGUGAGCAUUACUUUACAGUUCACGUCACCCCCGAGCCUCAGUGCUCUUUCGCUUCAUUUGAGACCAACGUCCCUGGUGGUCAGAGUGGACGUAACACGACUGAGAUCAUUGAACAUGUUGUCGACAUCUUCAAGCCCGGUCGUUUCAGCGUCACUCUUUUUGAAGCAAAGGGUGCAGCUCAGAACCCAUACUGUAUGGGCGAUGAUGAUUCCAACAAUUGGGCUGCUAAGCGUCUUGUUGAUCCUGUUCGAGGAUACAGACGCAUUGAUCGUAUUGUUCACGAUUUUGAGGACUACGAUCUUGUCUUUCGCUUUUAUGAACGUGAAGGAUGGGCUGGAACUAAGAGUGCUCGUGUUGGAGAGCCUAUUAGUCCUACCAAGUGAGCUUGCAUUUGUCAUUUGGUGUCAAUUGGAGGAUGCGAUGGAUGAUGCCUGUCAUUUCCGAGUGCAUAGCAUGAUGCUUGAGCUUUGUCGUUCCUUUGAAAUAGUUUCGCUCUCUGAGCUUAUCGUUCUUUUGAACAUGUAUUUUGAAUUGAUCAAUUUUGCGACAACUUUUGCAAUGCCACUGAGUG